AUGCAUCUACCUCAACAAUCUCCAAAGCCGACCCGGCUCCAGAAGCUCAGCUCCGCAAUUGCGAUGACAUCCAACUCCGCGGCUGCUCUUUGGACAGGACAGAAAGUCAUAGGGACUACUACAGAAGCAACUCUCCUGAAAGCGGAAGCUCAAGUGGAGCAGACCUAUUCUAGCGAAGAACAUUACGACAUCCGUCGGACACUAGCAGCCACCGGCGAGGGUCAAGUCUCCUUCUUGCAAAGUCAAUCAACCGGAGUGAUCGUCGUCCGCAAGGUCGUCAGACCAGUCGAGCUCCACGAACACAAUCGUUGCCUAUGGGAUCGAGGCAGGUACAAAUAUCCGAAUGAUGCAGUGAUUGCUAACCUGAUGAAGCCGCAUCCCAACAUCGUCAGGUUGUUCUCUUGCAGCCGCGAUGAAGACAGGUCUGCCGAGCCCGGACAAUACGAAAUAUUCAUGGAACAUUGCAACGGCGGCGAUUUGUACGUCCAGGCGCAUCACUUCAUCCAGAAAAACAAAGAAAUUCCAGACAGCUUCGUCUUGCAUGCCACGAUUCAGCUUCUGGAAGCUAUGGCGUUCAUUCAUCAUGGUCUGCGAUAUUGCGGUCAUGGGAAGUACACCGUUGACCCCGGCUUCAAGUCCAUCGUACACGGCGAUCUCAAACCAGAGAAUGUGUUCUUAAAAUGGAGCAAACCACGGAAAGUCGACGACCUCCCGACUCUCGUGAUCGGAGAUUUCGGCGGUGCCAAGCCAGCUGGAAAAUAUUAUCAUUGUGUCAGCGCCGGCACAGAAAUGUUCCACGCUCCCGAAGACGUGGCCAUUGUCGGAUCCCCUAUGGUCGAGUGUACGGAGGAGACCUUUCCGCUGUAUCUCAAACUCGCCGAAGAACGGGCCACGCCUUCCGACAUGUAUGCCAUUGGCCUGAUACUGGAAUGUCUCGUCCUCGGCCAGGACGAUCCUCCGCCGCCAGGUCAUGACUUCACAAAGAUCUUGUUACCAGAAGGCUAUCGGCGUGACACGUACAAGACUGACUAUGAGCACAAGCAGAUGAUACCACUCAUUCUGCAGACUUUGCUAAUGACAGAUACGGAAGCUCGUGGCUCUGCCAACUUCGACCCCAAGACUGGUCUGCUUGAAGAUGUCCACUAUCUUCGUCUAAUCAGGCAGGACAUGAUUGCUGCCGGUGACUACCAUGUGGAUGAGCACCUCUGGGCUCUUACACCGCCUCCUGCCGUUGAUGCUGAGUAA